AUCGGUGUUAUUAUGGAGUCCUUGCAUCGAGUAGAAACUCUGACUUCAGGGCUCCAUCAUCAUCACCAUCACCAUCGUACUGACGCCAACAGAAACAGUAUCAGAUCAGUGAAGAUUUUAAACUCGGGGAAUCAUGAAAUCCUUAGAAAGUGCCAGUGUUUUGAUCUUUAUGACCAAUUGGUUCCAUACAAGAAAGCUUGGUCAUGGCAGAAAAGCAUUGUCAAGGAGAAAAAGGCAUUGAUUGACAGAAACCAAGACUGCCCUGAUUCAGUGAUUUUGUUACAACACACUCCUGUUUACACAAUGGGAACUGGUAGUACAGAGGAUUAUCUCAAUUUCGACAUAAGGAAUGCUCCUUUCGAUUUGUAUCGAACAGAGCGUGGUGGUGAAGUCACUUACCAUGGUCCUGGUCAGCUUGUAAUGUAUCCUAUAAUCAAUCUUCGAAACCACGAGAUGGAUCUUCAUUGGUACCUCAUGAUGCUUGAAGAGAUAGUCAUCCGUGUGCUUUCCUCAAGUUUCUCCAUCAAAGCUUCCCGUAUUGAUGGUUUAACUGGAGUUUGGGUCGGCAACCAAAAAGUGGCGACAAUAGGUAUUCGUGUGUCAAAAUGGAUAACAUAUCAUGGUCUAGCUCUUAAUGUCACAACAGAUCUAACACCAUUCAACUGGAUAGUUCCAUGUGGGAUUAGAGACCGACAAGUUGGAAGCAUAAAGGGCUUGCUUGAAGAUGGAGAACUCGGAAAGGUUGAUGGUUUGAGGUUGACUGAUGUAGCUCACGAGUCUUUACUUAAGGAAUUCUCUGGAGUUUUCCAGCUUCAAAUUGAAAAGCAAACAUUUCCAGAUCCUAGUAUUCUGUAAGCUGAGCUUUUCAAACCGAUGAGGUGCAAUCUCUAAAACAUUCUUGCAAGUCUUAAACAUAAAAGGUUUUUAUUGGCUGUUUGUGACAUUGUCUGCUUCUUGUAGAUGUUUGUGUAAGAUUAGUUUCUCUA